AUGGGCCCAGGCUCACGUCGAGACACCCUCGACAAUCACUUCGGGGCAUGGAAUUGGAAAAAAACCAAAUUAAUGGGCCCAACUCUGCUUCGAAAAAUUAAACUGGCUGUUGUUGGCAUGAAUGACCAUGUCUUCCUUCAUAAUCAAUUUGUUAUCGGCAUUGCGGACGACAAUCUUGUUCAAAAAUGGGAGAAGGAACUCAUAGAUUGGGAAGAAGAUCAUCAAAAACCCCAAUACUUUCCAUUCCUCCACUGA